CUAAGAAAUCAACAUGGCGCUCCUAUCGAUUGUUUUAAAUCCUAAUGGGACCGCGAAAACACCGGAAUAAAAACUUUAGCGGAAAGUGGCGGUUACUGAUGACCGGGAAAUGUAAACUGCAGUGACUUAUCGCUGUGGGCGUGACCAAUUUAGGAUUAAUAUCAGGACAGUGCAGCUUGAAUAUGGAUUCGGUGAUAGGAGAAGACCCCACUCUCCCUCUGGAUUUCAAUGGCAGUGCCAGCAUUCCCAGGCUGCCAGAUGACGCUGCUGAAGGACACAAUGAUAAUGUUACUGAAACUGCUCCGGCCAACUUUGCUGCAGAGGGAUUGUCACCAGUCAGAGCUCGAACAAUGAAGGAUUAUGAAAAUCAAAUCACUGAUCUAAAGAAAGAAAACUUUAACCUCAAACUCCGUAUAUAUUUCUUGGAGGAAAGAAUACAACAACAAUUUGAUAAUUCUUGUGAAGAAAUCUACAGGACAAAUAUUGAACUAAAAGUUGAAUUGGAGAGUUUGAAGCAGGACUUGCAUGAGAAACAGAAACUUCUUAUCAAAGCCUCAAAAGCUGUUGAAAGUUUGUCUGGGAACCGUGAUAAUGAAAUUCGUCGUGUGAAGGAUGAAGCUCAGAGGGAACUGCAGAAAAUAAAAGAUGAUUUCAGCCAUCGAAUCAACCUACUAGAAAAAGCAAAUAAAGCUUCUAAAGAAGAUAUGGAAAAGGCUUUCGCAGUGACAGAACAAGAGAAAAUUCGUAAUAUGGGUCUUCAGAAGGAACUUAAUGCUGUACUCAAAGCAAAUUCGAGUCAUUCAGCUAUUCCUCCCGAGAUGAACCACUUACUGCAAGAAAAAGAUAGACUUAUCGAACACCUACAGCAGGUACUGCAUAGUAAAGAUGAGACAAUUGAACAGCUGAAGACCGACCAGCUUCCAGAAGAUGUGAAAAUUGAUGGUGCAUUGCCUGACAAAAUUCAGGACUUGACUGAUACGCUUGCUAAAAAGGAAAGUGAGGUAGAGGUCCUUAAAGAGAAACUUCAGUAUGAGAAGACACGUUUUGAAAAAGAAGUCCAGAAUUUGACUGAGAAGCAGAAAUGUUUCAGUAACCUAGAGAUGUCGCACAAAAAAGCUUUGGAGGAACUAGCAGACACCAAGACAAUACUUUCCGAUAUACAGGGGAAGUUGGGGGAAGCAGAUAACAACAAUAAGACAAUGCAAAUGAAACUGAAGGAAGUGCAAGAUGAAUUUGCUGCUGAAAAACUGAAAAGCCUGAAGAGGGAUAAACUUAUUCAAGGUCUUAGCUUUGCACUAAAGAAAAAAGAAAAAGAGGUUGAUGAACUUUGUCAUGAAAUUGAGGAAAGAGAUGGUGCCUUGGCCAAAGCAAGGGAAGCAGCUCAUAAAGCACAGAUUCAAAGGUUUCAGGGUGCUGAAGAACAAAAAUCUCUGCUGAUGGAGAAGGAGACUGAGCUAGUUAAACUACAUGCAGAACACAAUUCCUCACUAAUGGAAAUACGCAAGCUACAGCGAUUUAUAGAGACAAAAGAUCAUGAGCUGAGCGAUUUACAGCAGGCCAAGGAUCAGCUUGAAAAAGAGCUGUAUGAAGUGCAACAACAGAAGAACCACAGUGACAAGGCAGUUAAUGACCUCCGGAACCAAAUAGAGAAGCUGCGCUGUGAAAUGGAGGAGAAAAGGCAAGAGAUGGAAGAGCAUUACAAUACCCUUCUGAGCGAAUCCAGACAGAAACUGCAAAGUCAAGAAGCAACAAUAAGCCGCUUGAGGGAUAACCUAAAUGAAAAAGAGCAAUUGUUACAGGAGUAUUUCAAAAUGCUUGAAGAGUCUAAACAUGAAGACUGGAAUUUUGAUGGGAAAAAUGCCUUGUUAGUUAAGCUGCGUGAAUUUUUGAGAGAGAAGGAUCAGGCCCUUCAGAAAGCUAUGUUUGAAAAGUUUUGUGCUGUUGAAGAAAAGGAAAAAGAAAUUCAGUGUUUGCAUUUAGCAGUGACUGAGAUGGAGCGAGAACUGGAGCGAAUGAAGAACGCAUGUUCCUGCAAAGAGGAAACUAUUAAUAGGCUGGAUGGUAUGCUUAAAGAAAAAGAUGCUGAGUUGUCACAUCUGAUGAACACUUGCAAAAACUUUGAAAAGGUAAAGGAGCAACUUGAAGAAAGCGGAGCCCGUUUACUUCAUGAGAAGGAGGAAGUCAUUGCUGAGCUCCAGAAAUCCCUAUCGGCACUAAAGAAAGACAUGGAGGAAAAGGUACUUCAUGUGCCUUUUGUGUUACCAGUUGUUGAAGACUCUGCCCACCAAGUAUGGGAGGGCCUGAAAGUCAAAGAAAAACUGUUGGAACAAGCCUCAAGUGAAAAAGAACAUUUGAGUUCAAGUCACAAGAAAGAUAUGGAAGAGCUCCUCAAUGCUAGUAGGAAGAAAGAUGAACUUUUAAAAGAAAUCGAAACAAAACUUUGCUUUAUAAUACAAAAUUGUAGUCAAGAGACUGAGGACCUAAAGCUUCGGCUCUCUGAAAAGGAGCAAGAAAUUGCUAAGUUGCAACACCUUUACUCAGCAAGGCAGAAGCAAGACCUGGAACUUGCCCAGCUGAAGGCAUUCUUGGAAGAUAAAGACAAAAUUAUAAAUAAACUCAUUGACAGACGACAAGAAGGGGAACUAAUUGUCAAGAGAAUGCAAGAGGAUUCCCAUCCCCUGGAACUCAAACAGACCAUUAAAAUAUUACAAGAGUUCCCUGGUGAUGAAGCAGAAGGCCAUCAGUUCACCUAUCAGAAUGCAGAAGAUGGAGACAGUAGUUCCACAAGAUCUACAGAUAAAACGUUGGCCUUUAUGAAGAAUGAGCUGGUUCGUAGAGCUGAUGAGCUGAACUGUGCUCUCCAGAAACAAAAUGAAAUGAAGAUGGAGAUAGGUCAGCUUCAAUCUGUUAUCUCUGAGCAGGAGACCAAGCUGAAGGCUCAAGCUGCAAACAUCGAGACCCUUUCUAAGACAUUGCAGAUGAAGGAUGAGAUCAUUAAGGACCUUGAGUCAGAAAACAGUCAUUACUACAAGGAAACAGAAGUGAAGCACAUCUUUCAUAACACAGUGCAUAGUGAAGAUCACCAGGAGCCUCGUGUGUCACACAGAGUCCAAACAGCUGUCGAUGACGAAUGCUGCAACCAAAUCAAGGUAUCAUCAAUUUAUGAGACAUCUUUCUUAGAAUGUGAAGAUCUGAGGCGUGCACUUAAAGAAGAGUAUAAAUUCUUUGUAGAGCUCACAAAAAAUAUGCAGAACUCAGAAAGCUUAGAGCAUCUCCGGAGUCUGGAACAAGAGUUGAAUUCCAUUCAUUUGCUUCGUAAACAACUUGAAGAAACAGUACGCAAUCAAAAACUUCGAAGGGAGCAUGAAAAAUUGUUUCAAGAGGCAAAAGUUACCAAACAUGAUGUUGACAGUAGUGAGCUUGAAACAUUAAGGAGCCAACUCGAAGAAAUGAAAAAAUUGAAUGCUUCACUGUGUGAUCAGUGCGAUGUUGACAACAGUAAACUUGAAACAUUAAAGAAUCAGCUUGAAGAGAUGAAACAAUGGAAUGCUUCACUGCAUGCUCAGCUUGUUGGGAUGCAAACAAAUUAUUCAAGAUUUGGAGCAGCAAGUGAGACAACUGACUCUUUUACACUUCUGGGAGACCAGACCUCAUACAUGAGCAUUUGUUUGGAUGAUGUUGAUGAAAGUCUUGAUCGAGACAUUGUGAAUCUUUCUUUGCGGGAACUUCGUAAAAAGGUUGCUGAGCUGUUACUGCUGUUAAAGGAACUGCAGACUGCAAAUCGGGAGCUUCAGGACAAGGCUACCUUGGCAGAAUGCUGUUUAAGUUCUGAAGAGCAGCGUGAAAUGUCAUUCUUAUCAACUCAGAAGGAGCUGCUCGAGAAGAAGUUGGAAGAUGUGGUGAAAGCUAAUGAAACCCUUCAGGAGCAUUUGUGCACAGUGAGCUGCAAAAACUCUAUCCAGCAGAAAAAGCACACCUCAAGAUUGCCAGUGAGACGGCAAAAAGAUGUCCAAACACUAAAGAAGCAGCAGCAGAAGUUAAAAUCCAGAGAAGGAGCCUCCUCUUGUAUUGGUGAAAGCAUGUACUCAUCUGUGGCCCUGAGCAAUGGUAAUAGUUCACCAAGGCUUACUGAAUCGCCAUCUAUUGUGGAUGAGCUGUUAGAAACUAAGAAACAGUCAGGUGAAAAAGAAGUGAACCAGCAAAAAAUGGAGGAGGAGUUAUCCUUAAUUCAGUCCAUUCUUGAAGAGUGUGGGAUGUCGUCUGUGCAGGAGCUUAGAAAUGAUCAUCUGCGACUGCAGAACCUGAAUGCUGACAUUAGAUGCUCACUGGAGGAGGACUUUUCUGCUGAAAAUUCUAGUUGCAGUGAUAGAGAGGCAGCGUGCGAACAUGAUACAAGCUUGAAACAGUUAAUUAUUUGGGUAAGAGUGAAACUCAGGAAAUCACAGAAAAUCAUUUGCCUCCUAAGGAAGCAGCUUGAACUUAAUUCCUCAGUAGAAGGAAAUGGUGGCUUUAAUCCAGACCUCAUAGCUGUGACUAAACAAAUAGAACAUUUGAAGGAACUGCUUAAAGAUGCCACAGUAAAGGCAGAUCAUGCCGAAACAAAACUUCGAGAACUGGAUGCAUGCAGCUUCAAGGAGAGGUUAGAAAAUGAAUGUUUCAAAGCUGCCUCAGUUGAGAUAGAAAGUGGAGAGCAAGUGAAGUCAUGCAACAUCUCUGACAUUGCUAAACCUAUGAAAUCAGCAUGCAUGAGUGGAUUGAAAUCGCGCCUUCCUGUUCCAGUAAAGCAGUUUAAAAAUCCAACUACUUUGCACAGCUUCACCCUUACUGAAGACACAAAACAUGUUAGUUAUCAUCCGACAAGUCUGCUGAAUGAAGGAGCAGAAGACACUGAACUGGAAAUCAGGGCACUUCUGGAAAAACUGCAAGCUGCUGAAGCUACAGUUGAAAGGCUUCAAGAAAGGUUGCAGUAUUCUGCGGAGCAGGGAGUUACAGCUACUAAGAAGUGUGAAGACAGAGAAGUCCAAGUGGAGCUGCAAGACGUUGGAUUUGGAAACAUUGAAAAGAGGGAAAUAGAAACAGUCAUUGGAAACAGUGGGAGUCAAGUUAUGCAGACUACGAAACUGGAGAACAAAGGAGCCCAGUUUGAUCUGCAGGACAUGCAAUUUGUAAUAGUUGAAAAGAAGGAAAUGGGUACAGCCACGGAAAAAAGCAGUCAAGAUUACAUCUUCCCCAUGCCUCAGUCAGUUAUAACAGAUUUGAAAUUCAAAGAUGAAGUCCAUGUGGAUUUGCUUGACCUGGAAUUUGAAAUUUCUGAAACAGCGGAAGUGAGGUCAAUCAGUGAGAACAGAAGCAACAAAGCUACUAAGAAGCAAGAAGAUAGAAAUGUCCAAGUAGAAAUUCAGGACCUGGGAUAUCAAAAACUAGAAGAUAGAAAAGUACAAGUGGAUCUGCAAGACCUGAGAUUUAUAAAACAUGACGAAAGAGAAGUCCGGGUAGAUCUGCAGGACCUGAGAUAUCAAAAACAAGAAGAAAGGGAAGUCCAAGUGGACCUGCAAGUGCUGACAUUUGAAAAAUAUGAAGAAAGAGAAGUCCAGGUAGAUCUGCAGGACCUGAGAGAUCAAAAUCAAGAAGAAAAAGAAGUCCAAGUUGACCUGCAAGAGCUGACAUUUGUAAAAUAUGAAGAAAGAGAAGUCCAGGUAGAUCUGCAGGACCUGAGAUAUCAAAAACAAGAAGAAAAAGAAGUCCAAGUCGACCUGCAAGAGCUGAUAUUUGUAAAAUAUGAAGAAAGAGAAGUCCAGGUAGAUCUGCAGGACCUGAGAUAUCAAAAACAAGAAGAAAAAGAAGUCCAAGUCGACUUGCAAGAGCUGACAUUUGUAAAAUAUGAAGAAAGAGAAGUCCAGGUAGAUCUGCAGGACCUGAGAUAUCAAAAACAAGAAGAAAAAGAAGUCCAAGUCGACCUGCAAGAGCUGACAUUUGUAAAAUAUGAAGAAAGAGAAGUCCAGGUAGAUCUGCAGGAUCUGGGAUAUGAAAAACAAGAAAGCAAAGAGGUCCAAGUGGACCUGCAAAAGCUGGGAUUUGAAAAUCAGGACAGAAGAGACGUCCAUGUAGAACUAGAGGGCCUGGGACAUCAGAAACGAGAAGACCGAGAAGUCCAAGUGGACCUGAAAUAUGUGAAAUUUGAGAAACAGGAAGAAAGAGAAGUCCAAGUAGAUUUACAGGACCUGAGAUGUGUGAAGCAAGAAGACAGAGAAGUCCAAGUAGACCUUCAGGAAUUGGGAUAUCCAAAACAAGAAGGUACAGUAGUCCAAGCAGACCUGCAAGAUCUGAGAUAUAAGAAACAAGAUGAAAGAGAAGUCCAAGUCAAUCUGUGGGACUUGGAAUGUACAAAACAGGAAAACACAGAAUUCCAAGUGGCCCAUCAAGACUUGGAAUAUGUGAAACAAGAAGAAAGAGAAGUGCAAGUGGACCUGUGGGACCUGGGUUUUAAUAAACAAGAAGCCAUAGAAGUCCAAGUGGAUCUGCUGCACUUGUAUGAGAAACAAGAAGGCAAAGAGGUCCAAGUGAACAUGCAAGACCUGGGAUAUGGGAAAUGGGAAGAAAGAAAAGUACAAGUGGAUCAGCAGGACUUUAGAUAUAAGAAACAAGAAGUAAAAGAAGCCCACAUAGAUCUGCAGAGCCUGCAAUCUGAAACUAUUGAAAAAAGGAAAAUGGAAGCACAAAAGAAAGACCGUUGCAGUCAAGUUGUACCCAUUCAGAAAUCCGAGGACAGAGAAGUACAAGUGAAUCUGCAGGACUUGGGAUACGAGAUCAUUGAAAAGCAGAAAGCAGAGGCAGUGAAUGAAAAGAAAAGUAGUCAAGCUACUAAGACUCUUGAAGACAAGAAGGUCCAGGUAGAUUUGCAGGACUUUGAAUAUGAAAUCAUUGAAAAGAGAGACAUGAAGCCUGGGAGUGAAAAGCGAAGCAGUCAAGUUCAUCCAAAACUGGAGGACAGGGAAAUCCAAGUGAAUGUGCAGGACCUGGGAUAUGAACUCAUUGAAAAGAAUAAAAUGGAGGCAGUCAAAGAAGAGAAAAGCAGUCAAGUUUAUCCAGAACUGGAGGACAGAGAUGUCCAGGUGAAUGUACAGGACCUGGGAUAUGAAAUCAUUGAAAAGAGUAAAAUGGAGGCAGUCAAGGAAGAGAAAAGCAAUCAAGUGGAGUCUGUUCUGCAACUUGUGGACAGAGAGGUUCAAGUGGGUCUGCAGAUGCCAGAAUAUGAAAUAUGUGGAUUGGUUAUACCUGAAGAAGAUAAAUUAAGAACUAGACAAGCAGAGCCACUUAUGACACAUGAUGAUAAAGAGGUCCAAGUGGGCCUGCAGGACCUGGGGUAUGAAACGUGUGAAAAGAGUGAAACCGAAGUGGACAGGGAAACGAGAGGUAGUCUAGAUAAUGGCAGUCCAGUUCUGCAGCAUCAUGUAAGUGAUUCAAACAUCUUGGCUUCUUUAAAGAAAUCUGGCCCACGCUUUUUAUCCAUGGAAAAUAUAGACAUUGAUUCUACUACUUCUUAUCCAAGCUCACAUAGUUUGGUUUCUUCUAAGAUCAGUUUGAAGACUAUAGAAGCGUUCGACGAUUCAGAUCUUCCAAAUGACCCUGCCCAGCUAAAGGAAUGGAUAAAUGAGUUAAAGUUUCAGGUUGAAAAGUACCAGAAACUGAUGCAGCAUCUCAAAAAUGCAAUUGCCAAAAAAUCAAUUUGUGAUCAGUUAUCCCCAGACUAUAGUUACUGCCAUCAGACUGCAGAUCAAAUAUGCUCUGAAGAGUUAAGCGCCAGUGCUAGUCCAAAAGAAGUUGCAGUUGAUCCUUCAUUUUAUAGCAGACAUUCUAGUUUUUGCUCAGACACAUCUUCAAGACAGUAUGAAGAAAACAACUUGGGUGCAUCUGUACCUGUUCUGCACAGUGGACAUCCUGAAAGUACAAUUAAAACUGCAUUCUCUUCAGCUCUUUCUAAUGAUGAAGCAGCAGUAUUUAAGGAAGUAAAUCGGAAAUUAUUCUAUUCAGCAGUUGAUGCAGAAAAGGAGGAAUCAUCAAGCAGAAUACUUAGUACCUCUAUAGAGAGGAGUAUAAGUGCAGGUACAGAUGCAGCCACAGUGGAUCCUAAUUUCUUUAGGCGACAUUCUAGUUGUUUUUCAGAUUCGUCUGCAUCAAAUGAUGAAAAAUGUAGGAUGAAUGCCUUUCUACUGGCUUUGCAGCAAAGUGAUUUUGAAGGGAGGUCUAAAGCCAACCUCUCAUCUCCCUCAUUUAUUCAUGAAGAAGAAAUAAAGAAAUUAAAGCAUCACAUCCUGGAUCUGGAGGCUGAUCUCGAGAAAGAAAAAACCUCCAACACAUUGCUUACAGAUCAACUGCAGCAGCUACAACUAAGACCAAGAACAGCAUCACCAAUUAGGUACGACUCAUUGGUGCAGUCUCAGGCUCGAGAGCUUUCACAUUUUCGAGAGCAAAUCAAACAAAGUCGUAACCUGUGUGAUAUGCACUCUCAGCAACUCAGGGAUGUGAUGAAGAGUUUUGAAGAGCUACUUCAGAUUAGCGAUGUUGAAUAUUACGCUGCUGAAGGUGUUCGUGAACAGCUUGACCAGUGUGUGCAACUAGCAGCUAAACUAGCAGCAAGGCUGGACAAUGACUGGUCUUCUGAUAGUGAUGAUGGAGAACAUAUUAAAUUGCCCCAGAGUCCACGCCAUCUCAAGCAUCAAGUGUCCUAUCUUCAGAAACAACUUGAGAGUGAACGGAAACGAAUGCAAAAGCAUUUAAGUGACCUUGCCCAACAAAAACAGACAUUAUCCACAACAUUUCAAGAGCAAAUUGAAAGGCUUACAGGGGAGUUGCAGGAAAAAAACAAGGCCAUUUUUCAGCUUCAGCUGCAACUGAGAAGUCUGUCACCUGUGUCGUCUGGCAGUCAUGCCUCCCUGGAGUCAUUCUUAUCCGAUAAGUCUACUCAUGGAUCACUUUUGUCUAAUCCAUACCAGGUGGACAACAGUCAUCUAGGAGAACACUGCUUCCUUGGACAGUACCAAGCAGAUGUUGACCCAAAUACACUUUUGGAAGAAUCUACUACACUGACAUACAAAACAAAUGUAGGUUGGAAAAGGGAAACCUUUGUGGAAGACAUGCCACCACAGUCCGAAAUGAAGUUCUGUUCCAUUCAGAAGGCAGCUUCUGCAGAUGUCAUAGGAAGAAAUCCAGUCCCUCCUCAAGUAUAUCAUGUUAAGGAGAGAAAAUGUGAGGCCUUUGAAAAUGUUUCAUCUGCCCUUAACCAGUCACUGCUGAACCUCCAAAAGCAGAAUUCAGUAUUGCAAGAAAAACUGAAGCACAGUGAUGAGCUAAAUAAGAGCCUGAAAACCGAACUGGAUCUUCAUCGCUCAAUAUUACUGGAGAAGGAGACCGAAAGUACAGUCGGAGCACAAAGCAUUGUUUCCGGCAGUCAUCACAGUGAUAGCCCUAGAACCUGUGAAGCACAACCUGCUUUAGAAGCCCAAGAUAAAUCAAGUGCAGUCCAUGCUGAUCUGCUAGUGGAGCACCUUAAAGAAAUUCGAGCUCUGAGACAACAUUUAGAAGAGUCCAUCAGAACUAAUGAAAAAUUACAUCAGCAGCUUGAACAGCGAGUAAGAGAAGCCGAAAGUGACCCAGGUUCAACAAACGUUUUUACUUGUGGCUCAGAACAACACAGUCAUCUAACUUCAGAAAUUAACUUCCUGAAAGAGCAAAAUCAGUCCCUAAAAGAGCAGACAUUAAAAAUGUCAAAAGCGAGACAAAAGGAGAGUGAUAAGUUGAAGGAAGCCCUUUCUAAAAAGAGAACAACUAUCGAUCACCUUCGCAAUGAAAUUGAAUCCAGUAAGAGAGAACUCAGUCGAGUCCAGAAGAUGGUCAUUGAAAGCAGUGAGGAAAACAGGCAGCUAAAGAAUGAACUGCACUACAGUCGUGAAGAAAUAAAGCAGUUGCAACAUGACCUGAAUGUGAAGAUUCAUCAGCUUGGGGAAAACCAGCAAGUUUUGCAGUCGCUACAGCUUGAACUGAGAGUAUACGAACAGAUGUCUUCAUCAAGCUCAAAAAGGACAGUUUGUAAUGAAGAGGCAUUUCAGAAAUGCUCAGAAGAAAUUAAGAGUCCACUCGAUUUAAGUGAACUUGUGGCAGAAAUCCGUAAUUUAAGAAUACAGCUUGAAUUAAGCAUUCAAGCCAACAAUGCCCUGCGACAGAAACUGGAAGAGCAGCUGCAAAACAAAGCUGGAAAAGCAGAUGAACCAGGUGGAUCAACCAUAAAUAUCAACUGCCUUUUAACUAGAAGACAGCGACAUUACGUCAGUAGAAACCAUCAUGGAGAGAUGUGUCGUGAAUCUGAUAUGCAGGAUAACAGAGGCAACAAAGGUCCAUUCACUCCAAAAUGCUGUGCAUCUCCUCCAGAGAAGAGUAGUCUGGAAUACCAAGACAGCUCAGAAAAGAAAAUGCCUGCCAGAAAUGAAGAAACUGACAGUACCUCCCCAUGUAGUACUUACUCUGCUGACUGUGAAUUUGGACCCUCUACUCGUCAAGUUCCAGAGCGGCAAAUAUGGGUAGACAGAAAUGGACAUCAUGUUCUUGGCUUAGCUGAAGAUUACAGUGCACUGUGCAAGUGUAUUUCAGAGGGCUCUGGUCUUAUUCAUGACAUGGAAUCUCAUUUCAGGCAAUAUUUGAAAACCAUCAGCAGUGAAGGCUCUGGGUUAAAGCUCACAGACCAAGGCUUACUGAAGAGUUUGUCCUCAAAUUUUAAUGUUAUGCAGCAAGUGCUGGAGGAGGCAAGUUGUUUGCUGAAGCUCCUGUGGAGAGUGUCACUCCCACCCAGUGUUAUGCAGCUCAAACAGGAUGACAAGAUAAGGAAGCAAGUGAUUAAGCUGCACAAGAAGUUAUCCGAGCAAGAGAAGAUACUGUGGGGUACAGUAAAACAGCUGCAUGCCUCAAACCAGUUAAAAGAAAACAUGGAGAAGAUCAUCAUCGAACAAUUGACAGUAACACAUGGUGUUCUAAAAAAGGCCAGGGGAAAUUUAGAGAUAAAUCAGUUAGUAUUUCUUGGUCAGAAUGAAGUCUUGGCUGCAGAUGCAGCCCAGUGAAAAUACUGAUGCAGAUGGGAAGUGUGAAAAUACUGAUGCAGAUGGGAAGUGAUUUGGAACACACCUCCUGUAGUUUUCAACAUGAAGGCAUUAUCAACCUUAAAAAACAAGCUUAUCAACAGUGUCCUAGUAUUACUACUUCUGAUGCAUUUUGCAAAAGAAAGCUUUGUAAUGUAGUUUAGAGGCUCGUAACUUUCUAAUGACUAACUUAAGGAUUGAUACUUAGGUCAACGGUACAACUGAAAAUGAUAAAGGUGAAAUGUUUAUAUGCUUUUAAAAGAUAACCAAGACACAUUUAAAAAAAAAUAACUUUGAAAACUGUUAUGAGUAACUUUUAAAAUGUUGUUAGUUUUUGAAAACAUCAUGUGUAUUCCUUUUAUCGUUGUAUUUUGCAGGACACUCUUGUGCUUUCAGUGAGUGCUUUACGACUGUAAUGAACAUAUUUGGGGGGGGAAGUUGCUGCUUUUUUUUCCUUAUAUGUUGAAAAGGAAAAGUGCCUACGUUGUACUGCCUUAAUUUCAAAGAUGGGUUGUACCAAAGGAUCUGUUAAAAUACUUCAGAUGUUCUUAAUUUAGAAGAUUUUUAAAGGAAGAACAGAGUGGCCUUAUUCUAAUUGUAAGAAUUGUAUAGGUCAGUAUUUUUUUAAGUAAAUGGUCCUCAAACCUU